CUGAAUUCGAUCGUGUAGGUAAAAUUUGAAUUUAAACUGAAGUUUAGCUAUACAGUUGACAUAUAUUAAAGUUUAGUGACCUAAUCAAGAUUUCGCGGAGUAUACAAUGACGGAAUGUCAAAUUUACCCAAAAUCAAAACCAGUCAUCUUCCAGUGUUACGUGCGCAGUGUGUAAUUGUAACUCUUCUGGUUCUGGAUGCCGCUAUAUUCGGCAGUAAAUGCUUCGCACUACCACCUACCCGCACACAAAGCAAUGGAAGAGACUGGGAAAAAUGUAGAUGAUGACGUUCUUUUCUUAUCUUCUUUACAUCACGAAAUUAAUGAAUUUGAGGAUGGUGGUGGUUGAUUGUUUACUAGCAUUGUAUCUUGGCUUGAGAUGGAGUUGAGGAUGAGGACAAGGAUUUGUAAUUUUCCUUCAUGGCCAGUCAAAAUCACAAUAUCCGUACUCUUGAUAAAAUCCAAUUUGCAUAGUCCGACUGAGUGAUAGAAAGAAGACAGGAAUUGAUCAGAGAUGAGGAGCUUAGAAAAUGACGUAACAACGGAGAUUAAGGCUGAAAAAGGAGAUUUGAGUCCUGAAUUGGAGGAAGAUGUUCCGGCGAGGCUCGCUUGGAAGGAUUUAAGUGUGAUUAUUAGUUGUAGAAAUGGAGAAUUGCAGAAUGUUUUGGUGGGAGCGAAUGGAUAUGCUGAGGAAGGAACGUUUACUUGUGUAAUGGGUCCUUCUGGAUCGGGCAAAUCUACACUGUUAGACGACCUCUUCGGCCGCCUUCCUGCCAACGCAUUCCUUUCCGGUACCAUUCUGCUCAAUGGCCGUAAAGCCAAGCUCUCUUUUGGGACUGCUGCAUAUGUCACUCAAGAUGACAACUUGAUUGGUACUCUAACAGUUCGUGAGACAAUUUCAUAUUCAGCCGGAUUACGCCUUCCUGAUGAAAAGCCUGUAUCAGAGAAACAUGCAUUGGUUGAGAGCACCAUCGUAGAAAUGGGUCUUCAAGAUUGUGCGAACACUGUCAUUGGGAAUUGGCACUUGCGUGGCAUCAGUGGAGGAGAAAAGAAGAGGCUCAGCAUUGCACUUGAGAUCCUUAUGAGGCCGAAGUUGCUUUUUCUUGAUGAGCCAACCACUGGACUUGACAGUGCGUCUGCUUUCUUUGUAACUCAGACACUACGUGCCCUGUCUAGAGGUGGACGGACUGUCAUAGCCUCCAUUCACCAGCCUAGCAGUGAAGUUUUUGAGCUAUUUGAUCAAUUGUACUUGCUUUCUGGAGGGAAAACAGUUUACUUUGGUCAGGCUUCAGAGGCGUGUGAGUUCUUUGCGCAGGCUGGCUUUUCUUGUCCUGCUCUCAGAAACCCAUCUGAUCAUUUUCUCCGAUGUGUAAAUUCUGAUUUUGAUAAAGUUAAAACAUCUUUCAAAGGAUCAAUGAAACUCCUGAUUGAGAGAAACGAUGAUCCUCUAGACAAAGUAACUACAGCUGAGGCUAUGCACACACUUAUUGACUGUUAUCAUACCUCUCAUUAUUAUUAUUCAGCAAAAGAAAAGAUCGAGGAGAAGUCCAAAAUUAAAGGAAUGGUGCUCGAUUCAAGAGGGAGUCAGGCUAGUUUUUUCACGCAGGCCUUCAUCUUAACCAAACGUUCUUUUGUUAAUAUGUCUAGGGACUUUGGUUAUUACUGGUUGAGGCUUGGAAUCUACAUUAUGGUGACCCUUUCCAUUGGGACCAUCUAUAUGAACGUUGGAACCGGAUACAGUUCCAUCCUGGCAAGGGGCGGAUGCAUUGCUUUUGUCUUUGGUUUUGUAACGUUUAUGGCUAUUGGCAGUUUUCCUUCAUUUGUGGAAGAUAUGAAGGUUUUCCAACGGGAAAGGCUCAAUGGCCACUAUGGGGUGGCUGCUUUUGUCGUCAGCAACACACUAUCUGCAAUGCCAUUUCUGAUUUUAAUUACCUUGAUUUCCGGUACUAUUUGCUACUUCAUGGUGCGCCUCCAUCCUGGUUUUUCACAUUAUCUGUACUUCUUGUUAUGCUUAUAUGCGAGUGUAGCGGUGGUUGAGAGCCUGAUGAUGGCUAUAGCAACUGUUGUCCCUAACUUCCUCAUGGGAAUCAUCACAGGCGCAGGGAUUCAGGGGAUAUUCAUGCUGGUUUCUGGGUACCUCCGACUCCCAAACGACAUCCCAAAGCCCUUCUGGCGUUACCCAAUGACUUACAUUAGUUUCCACUAUUGGGCUGUACAGUGCCUCAGGGGGAAUGUCAAAAUGACAUCGAAGGCUUGGUCUUUGACAACCAGACGCCGGAUCUUCCCAAAAUUCCUGGAGAAUUCAUAUUAGAAAACAUCUUUCAGAUUAAUUUGCGACGAUCAAAAUGGGUGAAUCUCAGUGUCAUUUUCAGCAUGAUUAUCAUCUACAGGAUCAUCUUCUUCAUGAUGAUCAAAAUAAACGAGGAUGUGGCCCCUUCAGUUCAUGGUUGCAUAACAAGGAGAAGAAUACAGCGUAGAAAGGGAAAUCAGAAUACUUCUGUUGGUGUCACUCAAUCCCCUUCCCCAGGACCCUGUGACAGAUCAUGCUAGUAAUUCGUAGUGAUCAAAGAUGGAGGGGAAAUCAACGAUUGUGAUUAAAGAGACUUGUUUGGCGACGAUAAUGCAGGGUAUGAUAGCACAUGAAGUUCGUAGGUACAUUGACAAUGGUUUUGGUUUGGACCUGAGUUUGAAACCCAGAAAGAGCUGUAAAUUAGUUUUUAUUUUACGAAAUAAGGUUGUUGAUUAAGAUUAAGAAUGCUUUCUUUUCCUUUAUAUUCUUCGAUCGUGAAAAGGGUUUUAAACAUGAAUAUAGACUGCUUUAGUAGCAGUCUAGUAACAAAAUAAUGUGCUGAAAUGUUAAAAAUAUGUUAGUGUCUUCUUA